AUGUCAAAUAGAUAUUCGAAGAACUCAUUGAUCGGUGAUUCAAAGUCACCAGAUCUUGAGCUCUUUGUGAAAGGAGUCCCAUUUCAUCUUCACAAAGAAACUUUGGCUAAGAAAUCCGCAAAAGUGACAACAUUACUCGAGUGUAGCAAGAUCGAUGAACUGCGUUGGAUCCUCAGAGACAUCGACAUCGACCCCACAACCUUCUUCCUCGUGACCAAAUUCUGCCAUGGCUACAAAAUCCAUUUCUCAUCUGAAAUCAUCGUCUCUGUUCUCUGCGCUGCUUAUUACCUAGAGAUGAACGAUGAUCAUAGCUCUAAUAACUUGUUGAACAAGGCAGUAACGUUCUUGGAACAACGGGUUCUUACGAGCUGGAAUGAGACCGUGAAAGCUCUUCGUGUCUGCAGCGAUAAGAUUCUAGACAAGAUAACUGAUGUUGGAAUCAUCGAAGUCUUCUUAGAUUCUCUUGUAGAAAAGGCUCUCAAAGAUCCUAGACUGCUUGAAGAUCUUAUUACAUUACCUCUUCGGUUAUAUGAAUCCUUGAUCCUAGAAUCGAGUAAGCACAAUGUCCCGAUAGAAAACCUCGUGGUAUCGCUCUGCAAUUACGCAAAAAGAUGGGUUUUCGAUAAAGAUUCUGGAGAUGAAAGCUUUUCAAGAUACAAGAGAGAAGUAAUUGAAGCUGUUGAGAGGCUCUUGCCUCACCAAAGAGGAGCUAUCUCCUGUGGAUUCUUGUUUAAAUCGCUUAAAGAAUCGAUUUUUCUUGAUGCUUGCUCUGAUUGUCGAAAUGGGUUUGAAGUUAGGAUAAGCAAACAGCUCGAUAUGGCUACAGCGAAAGAUCUUCUGAUUCUGUCAUCAAAAGAAGAUGGAUCAUAUGACAUCGAGCUCUUGAAAACCAUUCUCAAGAGCUUUUACAGUAACUACAAUGUCUCGGACGUUUCGCGGUUUGUGAGUGUAGCGAAAAUGUUGGAAGAGUUUCUAUUCGAGGUUGCUGCGAGUGAUGCGAGUUUAAAAGUAGAAACGUUUAAGGCGUUAGGAGAAAUAACGGUUGCUGCGUCUUGCGAUGUGCUGAGAUACUCUGAUGAAAUCUACAGAGCAAUUGAUGUUUUCUUGGAGAGGCGUAGAGGUUUGACUGAAUCGGAGAAGAUGGAAGCUUGUAGAGUUCUUGAAUGUAAGAAGCUUUCACCCGAGGCUUGUGAACAUGCUUCGAAGAACGAGAAGCUUCCACUGAGGAUUGUUGUGCAGGUUCUUUUCUUUUCUCAGCAGCAGAUUCGCGAUCGGUGGGCUAAAGAAUUGAAGGGUGUACAUGAGAAAACAGAGGACGUAGAUGUAGAAGAAGAGGAAAAUGAUGAAAUCGAGAAUAUGAAUAAGAAGUUGUUGAGGCUCGACAUCGAAUCUGAUUCCAGUAAGAAAAGAGGGAUUGAGAAUCUUGCAUGUGCUGUUCAUUGCGGGAAGAAGAAGAUGAAAGAGGAGAUAAGCGUGUGGAGGGAAGUGAAGAGGAAGUUUGGUUGUAUGACUUCUUUUACUGUGGAUGCUUGCAAUUGUUAUAUCAAAAAGAGGAAGUAG